AUGAAACAUAAUGAAUUGAAGCAGAGAGAAGAAUCUCGUAACAGUUCUACUGUUUCCUCAAAAUUAUCUCCUGCUCGAGUUAGACUUGCAAGAGAUAUCAAGGAUUUAGUUUUACCCCCUACGGUCAGUGUACAAAUAAUAAACUCACCGGAAGAUACUCAAAAUCAUCCACCAUUAAUUCAUAUAACCAUCUCUCCAGACGAUGGUUAUUAUUUUGGUGGUAGCUUCAAAUUUAGUUUAACCAUUAACGAAAACUACCCAAUUGAUCCACCUAAACUUUUAUGUUUAAAUAAAAUUUUCCAUCCCAAUAUUAGUACUGACGGCAAAAUUUGUUUAAAUAUUUUGAGAGAAGAUUGGACACCUGCCCUUGAUCUGCAAACAAUUGUUAUUGGUUUGCUAUUUCUAUUUUUGGAACCAAAUCCAUUAGACCCACUAAAUAAAGAAGCUGCACAACUAUUAAGCGAUGACAAAAUUAAUUUCUACGAAACUGUAAGGUUAACAAUGGCAGGGUCAGCACUUAACAACAUUAAAUAUGACUGUGUUUUAUCUAUUUAA